ACUCAAUGUGUACGGUUUGUGUGAGUUGAAGGUCUCUGGUGAUGGAAACUGCCAGUUUCGAGCACUUUCUGACCAAUUAUACCGAUCUUCAAAGUACCACAAACAAGUUAGGGGAGAAGUUGUAAAACAGCUCAAAGACAAUCGGUCUAUGUAUGCAAGUUAUGUUCCAAUGAAAUACAAACGAUAUUACAA